AUGUUCCAGAGGUUUCUGCUGCAGAGCGGUCAGAUUCAACUUCCCUCUGGCGUCACUCUUGCGCCUCUCACCCAGUCUCUGGUCAAUCAAGACAAGCCCCAGCUCAAGAAAUUCAAUGUCACUGGCUCUCCCGUGAAUGUCGACGCUUCCAACGCUCUCUCUUUGACUACGAGUGAUAUCGCCUUGAUCAGUUGCGACAGUUCUGCAUAUCACGGCGAGUUGGAUGCGAGUGCGACCGUCGCCAACGUUCUCACCUCGCAGCAAAAGGCUUCCGCGGUGCUUCUCUAUAGCUCCACCGCUACCCACUGUAACUUUACGGCGAAUGACGACAACGUCCGUCAGUACAACAACGUCUUUACUCUUGUCAGCCCACAAACCGCAGACACUCUCAAGGACCAACUCAAUUCAGAGGACCACGAUAGGUCCGCUAGCAUCGUGGCGGAAAUGUACUCGCCUACCCCGGCCCAGGGCGGUUCGGGUGGGGGAACUGACUCGGGAUCAGACAGUCCCAACACUGCUAUGAUCAUCCUGUAUACUAUUACAGGUAUCAUCACGGCGCUGUUCCUCGGCAUCAUCAUUACCGGCGCUCUCCGGGCUCAUCGCCAUCCGGAACGUUACGGACCUCGAUAUACCACAGGGCGCCCGCGGCAAAGUCGAGCGAAAGGUAUAGCCAGGGCAAUGUUGGAGACGAUUCCGAUCGUGAAAUUUGGGGACGACCACAACCCGAAGGAGGCAGCGAUGAAGGGCGACGUGGAAAUGUCGAUGAGCUCCAGGGAACAAGUGGCCGAGCACUCUCCAGAGCAAAGAGAGGCUGCCGCUGCCGAUGAGACCACCGCACCGCCAUCGCAACAGAACGAAGGACAUAUUAGUUCGGAGCCUAACCAAAACCAACAAAACAAAUCGUCGUCGGGAACGACCACACCGGCUGCCGGUCCACCGCAGGAGACGAUCAACUUUUCAUGCCCCAUCUGUACCGAUGAUUUCAUCAAGGGACAAGACUUGCGCGUCUUGCCGUGCAACCACAAAUUCCACCCCGAGUGUGUCGACCCGUGGCUUGUGAAUGUGUCUGGUACUUGUCCAUUGUGUCGUAUCGAUCUCAAUCCAUCUCAGCCAGAGGGUGAGAAUGAAACGGGCGAGGCAGAGGAUAAUACCGAAACCACACAGGACAACAACCCGGCCGGUGCGGCCGAACAACAAUCGGAAGCAGUGCAAGGCCGCCAACACCACCGUUUGACCAACUACCUGCACGGUACCUUGAACGCCCGGCGAAUGCGCGAUGCGAGUGUCGAAGAGCGCCUGGCCGCGCUACGGGUUGUACGCGCAGAGGCAAACCGCGAGGAUGCGGCUGAGGACGCGGAGGAAGGGCAAAACCGACGGAGUCGACUGACGACACGACUUCGCGAUCGAUUCCGGAUUCGAACUCGUCCUCAUGAGAAUGAGGGAGAGGCAACGCAAUCGUAA